UGUAAAAGUGGGGGUGAUAUAUGGGGGGGGGGGGGGAGAGAGAAGUAUCGUGGAACGAGUGGAACGAUGGAACCAAAGCAAAACCCGCAAGCAAUCAAGCCAUGUCAGCAAGCAACUGAACCACCACCCCGGGCCCCGCACAAUGUACAGCAAAAACGUACGAAGAAGCGAACCGAGGAACGCGGCAGCAAAAGGAACGAAAAAGCCCUCUCAACCCUACCAACCAAAUGCAAGACCCCGAGAGCCGUAACCGCACAACCAAUAGCAAGCAGCAAAGCAGGAGCAGUACCACCAGCACGGCCACCACGCCGUACCCCGAAUCUUGCCUUUAAGGUUAUAGUUACACCGUUUCCGCCGUCGGGCGAAAAUCUGCUGGAUCUGGUCUACCCCAGGACUGCCAGUCAAUUUUGCGACGAUGCAGCGAAUGUAUUUGGCGCGGAUCUCGGUAACACACAACCUGGAAGAGCGCUUACAAGCUGACGUUCGUUUAAAGCCGCCGUUGUGUAAGGUUAAAGUUACACGCAGUUCGGUUAAAAUGCCUGUUGGUCGUGUCGGGAGUAUAUUGUUGGCUAGAACCAGGUUCAGGUUUUACGGCGAAGAGAUUGCUGCUUGCAACACACCACAGUGCUCUGGAUGCUUGCUGAUGGAGAAGCUGUAAGAGGAUAGAAGAAACGGGCACGGCCAGCAGUCUGCUGGUCCGCCGGUUCCCGGUUUUUUUUU